ACAUAUUUUUUAAUCGUUAAUGUGGAUAUUUAAAUGCGAUAAAAAUUUUUACUUUAAUUGCAAUUUUUGACGAAAUGCCGCUUUACGUUGAUCGUGAGGCUCCUAAGCUAUGGAGGAAGAUUUACACAGAAGCUUGGAUAGAGAUUUCACUUCUUGCAGAGAAUUGGAAGCUUAUUCUUGCUGGACUUGCUUUUCAGUACAUUCAUGGAUUGGCUGCCCAUGGAGUUCAUUACCUACACCGGCCAGGAGCGACACUACAGGAUGUUGGGUUCUUUCUUCUUCCUGAACUUGGUCACGACAAAUUUUAUGUCAGUGAGACUUUGUUCACCUUCAUUUUUUGUUCCUUUGUUUUGUGGACUUUUCAUCCCUUUGUGCUCCAGAGCAAAAGAAUAUACACUGUUCUGAUAUGGUGUAGGGUUCUUGCUUAUUUAGUUGUUUCUCAGUGUCUCCGCAUCGUAACCUUCUAUUCAACGCAGCUUCCAGGUCCAAACUAUCAUUGUCGUGAGGGCUCAAAACUUGCCAGGUUACCCCCUCCAAAGAGUUUUCUCGAAGUCUUCUUGAUCAACUUUCCCCAAGGUGCUAUAUAUGGCUGUGGUGAUUUGAUAUUUUCGUCACACAUGAUUUUCACCUUAGUAUUUGUCCGCACAUAUCAAAGAUAUGGCACAAGAAGAUGCAUAAAACAGUUUGCUUGGCUACUAGCUGUGGUUCAGAGCCUCCUGAUUAUAGCAUCUCGCAAACAUUACACAGUUGACAUUGUUGUUGCAUGGUAUACUGUAAAUUUGGUAGCAUUCUUUCUCGACAUGAAAUUGCCAGAACUGCCUGACCGAUCAAGUGGAUCCACAGCUCCACCUCUACUUCCUUUGAGCACUAGAAAUAAGGAUGGCAAGAACAAGGAAGAACACCAGAAUUUACUUAAUGUGAAUUCUUUGGCAACUACAAGCUCAGUAUGAAAUAUCAGCAAAGAGGUAUAUGGAGGCUGGCUAGAUGCUUUUAAUCAGGUUUUAGAAAAUAGAAUUCCAUGUACAGAAAUAGGUUAUUAAUGAAUCACAAGAUUCAAGUUAGGUACACUGAUAAAUGGCAAUUAGAUGUCAGCACAAGCUGAAGAUAGCUUGAGGCUGUUGCACGAUUGGGCUUGUAAACAAAUUUCAAGUCCAAAACCAA